UGUCCAGGUCUCCACACCUCUCUCAGCGGUUACUCCCUUUAUCUUUCUCUUGGGUCAAAACUUUUGAGGUGGACUGGCUAGAAAGCAGCAGAAGAGAGCGUAAACUGGGGCGCACAGGUCGGAGGAGCUUCAGCACCUCGGUCAGCACCCACUGCAACCGAACCCACCCUGGAGCUCGCGUACUCCCAGCUCUGAGAAUGCCUGCGGAAUGAUCGCCCCCCAGGGCGGCUGCCGCUGCUGCCGCUACUGCUACCGCUGCUGCCGCUACUGCUACAGCUCCUGCCACACCGCCUCUGUCUCCACGCUGUUCUGACUGGCAGACAGAAAGUGCAACUGACGAGGGAAAGGUCUCUGCAGUGAGAGUGGAGUGGCUACAUAAAAGAGAGUAAAGAAGGAGCAAAAACCCAGAUCAGAAUGCAGGCGACGUCCAACCUACUGAAUCUCCUGCUGCUGUCUUUGCUUGCUGGAUUAGAUCCUUCAAAGAAAUGUUUUAAUUAUACACAUGGCUCUCAUUGUAUUACUCCUGGAAAGUACUGCUCUGGAGCAUACUGCUUGGCUUCAUACACAGCUCUACUACAUACAAGCUGUGCGUUCUCAGACUCAGAUUAGUCCCAAAGAAGGGUGGCAAGUGUACAGCUCAGCACAGGAUCCUGAUGGGCGAUGCAUUUGCACAGUGGUUGCACCGGAACAAAACCUGUGUUCCCGGGACGCCAAAAGCAGGCAGCUUCGCCAGCUGCUGGAAAAGGUUCAGAACAUGUCCCAGUCUAUUGAAGUCUUAAACUUGAGAACUCAGAGAGAUUUCCAAUAUGUUCUAAAAAUGGAAACCCAAAUGAAAGGGCUGAAGGCCAAGUUUCGGCAGAUUGAAGAUGAUCGGAAGACACUAAUGACCAAGCAUUUUCAAGAGCUGAAAGAGAAGAUGGACGAGCUCCUGCCCUUGAUCCCUGUGCUGGAACAGUACAAAACAGAUGCCAAGUUAAUCACCCAAUUCAAGGAGGAAAUCCGGAAUCUGUCUGCCGUCCUCACAGCGAUUCAGGAGGAAAUCGGUGCCUAUGAUUACGAGGAACUCCAUCAAAGAGUGCUUAGCUUGGAAACCAGACUUCGUGACUGCAUGAAAAAGCUAACAUGUGGCAAAUUGAUGAAAAUCACAGGCCCAAUGACAGUCAAGACAUCUGGAACCCGAUUUGGUGCUUGGAUGACAGAUCCUUUAGCACCUGAAAAAAAUAACAGAGUGUGGUACAUGGACAGUUAUACUAACAACAAAAUUGUCCGUGAGUACAAAUCAAUUGCAGACUUUGUCAGUGGGGCUGAAUCAAGAACAUACAACCUCCCUUUUAAAUGGGCAGGAACUAAUCAUGUUGUCUACAAUGGCUCACUCUAUUUUAACAAGUAUCAGAGUAACAUAAUCAUCAAAUACAGCUUUGAUAUGGGGAGAGUGCUUGCCCAACGAAGCCUGGAGUAUGCUGGCUUCCACAACGUUUACCCCUACACAUGGGGUGGAUUCUCUGACAUCGACCUAAUGGCUGAUGAAAUCGGGCUGUGGGCUGUGUAUGCAACUAACCAGAAUGCAGGCAAUAUUGUCAUCAGUCAACUUAACCAAGACACCUUGGAGGUGAUGAAGAGCUGGAACACCGGCUAUCCCAAGAGAAGUGCAGGGGAAUCUUUCAUGAUCUGUGGGACACUGUAUGUCACCAACUCCCACUUAACUGGAGCCAAGGUGUAUUAUUCCUAUUCCACCAAAACCUCCACAUAUGAGUACAUAGACAUUCCCUUUCAUAACCAAUACUUUCACAUAUCCAUGCUUGACUACAAUGCCAGAGAUAGAGCUCUUUAUGCCUGGAACAAUGGUCACCAGGUCCUGUUCAAUGUCACCCUUUUCCAUAUCAUUAAGACUGAGGAUGAUACAUAAGUAAACGUAAUUUGUUUCCAUUGCUCUAAACAGUGUUAUUUGUGAUAGACUCUAUAGGACCCUUUUUUUCUUUAUUAAAACUUUUCACCAUUUCUCCAAAGCAUUUUCUAUUAUAAAGUUGGUGUUUCAAAAAACAGCUGAGCCUGUCUAAAUUAACCUGUUGGAAAUACAUCUUAACUCCUAAAUUUACAAGGCCUAUCAUGUCCUUGUCAUGAAAAGCACUAAAAAGAACUUAAGUGGCUAAAGUCAUAGUUGUGCAAAAGAUUAAUGAUCUGCCUUAUAUUAAAGUCAGAGACUAAUGGUAGCUUAAAUGCAUGAAUGUCUCCCUUUUUUUUUUUUUAACUGUCAUUUUUUACUGUCUUUAGCUCCACAUCAGGAUUCAUUUUGGUAGGAAUCGAAAAAAAAUAAAAGUACUUCCCCCAAUUUAUUUCUAAAAAAGAUUUAAGGAUUUUAUGUAUAUGGGAAAAUAAUGUUAAUCAUUUUGCUGUUCUACAAUUCUCCAAUGCGGUGCUGUACAGUCAUUUUUAAAUCUCUUGCUAACAUUUUAUUGGCAAUAUGUAUUUCUAGCAUUGUAACCACCAUUGUGCAAUUGUACCUCUUCACUUCUGUGAAAGUAAGUAAUAUUUUUUAUAAAAUACACUGAAGUUUAAUCUCAGUAAUUAUUAUGGGUCAAUUUUCAUGUGUGGUCAUGAAGGAAGUAUCUUCUCGACUUACCCCUUUACAUAGUACUAUAAGCUAAAAAGAAAAUGAAACUAGAUCCCCUACAUAGAGUCUUUAUUUUACCCCAAGUUCACUGGACCACUAACACUGAAUGCUAAAUGGAUUCAGUAUGGAUAAGUUACUCUGUUCACUUCACGGAAAGCAACCCUUAUCGUGGCCUGCAAAGAUGCAGCUGAGUCACAAAAAUUGGAUUUGAGUUGACUAUACUCAUUUAUUAUACAACCAAAUGUUGUUGUUCAUAAUUAAAUAUAUUAGUGUUUUAACUUAUAUUUUGAACACAAACUUGCAAUAAUGUAAUUCUUUGUGUCAGGACUCUCAAAGUACAUGAAGCACAUAUAAAAACUCUUAAAAAGAAAAUUUCUUUAAUAUCAUCUAGAUUCACAUUAUAAACUCUGGAGAGUUAUUGGCAAGAUGUAUGAAACAGGAAAUGAUGGGAAGACUUGGGAGUUGUCUGCGUGGUUUAAAUGUGCAAAUAACCAAUCCAGAAAACAUGAUGGGACCGCAACCCCCUGCUACCCUGAUUCGCUGUGUGUACAGAAACACUGUAACCAAAAAAGAAAGCUUUAAUAAUAUUUUGUUAGUAACUCCAAAAACAUAUACUCAAUAUAUAUCAAACACAUAUAAAGUUUGGAUAUACUUUCCAUAUAUUAAAAAUACUUACCUAAGGCAGUUUUAAGGAAACUAGUAUUGGUUGGUUUUAUAAUUUAAAAAAUAUAUUCUAUAAUAAACAAUAUAUAACUUAAGUUGUAAAUGUUUAGUUUCACACGUACAUAAUACUGUAAUUUCCUUUGUAAAGCAAGGAUAUAACAAUUCAGAUAAAGCAUUGUGUAAAGAAAUAUUAAUACUUAAGAGUAAUUCAUUUCAAUUGUCCCAGGUAAAAAAAAACUUCAUUCUCAAAUAGCUCACUGUCAAAAUUGUAGGAUUAAAUAACCCAGUCUUGGAAUUGUUGAAGCUUAACAAAUAUUUGUUUUCUUUUGCCUACAGGGUUCUUUUGCAAUGUUGUCUUGUCUUUGAAAAUAUUUAUAUAAGUUCUCCUCUGCUUUGGAGAAUUAGAAAAUUUAGGGGGGUUACUUGUCAUUGUACACACAUCACAAAAAUAAUCAGCCAAUAUCAAGAGUUUGUAUAUUGAGUUUCUUUGGAGAAAGAAAGUCAACUUCAGAAAUGAAUGCAUUUUUAAGUAGAUGGCCUCCGAUGAAUAACUGGGUCUUCAUUACUUGUUUUUAAAAAAUGAUGUAAUAUGGUAUCAUGUAUAUUCAAAACCUGGACUAUCACAGCUUUUUUUGUGAGAUGUGCAGCUUGUAAAGCACUUUAUUGUUUUCUGUGUGAAUUUUCAUCACCAUCUCCAAUUUAUAGUGUGUGUGCUGCUAGAGCAAGCACAGAUUUUAUUACUGUCACUAGAAGUGGGGUAACAUGAGUUUAAAAAUGUGAUUUGCAUUAAACAUUUACAGUUUAAAAGCAUUUUUCUUAAUAAAUUAUUAUCAGUUUUGUGCCUGAAAUAAAUAAGAACUUACUCUAAUCACUGUUUUUUAUUUUAAUCUCAAAUAAAUUUUAUGAGGGAAAUGAGUAUUUUUAAAGCAUCCACAUAAUGUCCUCAGUAAAGAAUUCCAAGCUCAGAAAGUUCUAAUCUCAAGUGAAAUGUGUAACUGUUAUUUUCUGAAAUAGCCUGAUCAUUAACACACUUCUGUGUCAUUCAAAUAAUAAUAUAAUCAUGGUGUGAUUGUGUUUGCCUGGCAAUUUGUAUUUGUGGCACUUGAAUCACAAUACCCAUUACUUGCUACUAUACUUAUACCUAUGAGGUCGGAAACUGAUGAUAUUGCAGUACAUUACCGAUAUGCAGACAUAAAAGAGAAAAUAAUGACAGACGCCUAUAUGCAGCAUCACAAGUGAUUAGAUAAGAUUUACCAUAAACUCAGAGUCUCUGGUUCCUAGUACCAUACUCAAAGUCAUUUCGUAUUUAUAAUCCAUACUAGUCUCUCUGAAAUGUUAUCUUUAGAAAAUUGACUCUUUUUACUAAUAAGAAAAUGGUCUAUAUGUCUGAAAAUCCCUACCAAGCUUACAAGUACAAUUUUUUCAAACAGAAGAAUUACGUGUAUUUUUAAAAUGUACCUCAUAUAUAAAAUUGUAUUGAUGUUCAACUAAAAAAAACCCCCCAAAAACAGUUAUUUUUCCAUUAAGGUAAGCUUUACAAAUGAAGAUUUACAUAUAGUAAUCUUUUAACUUUAUUAUACUUAAGGAAUAGAUUUUCAAAACAAAAAAUAUCUGGUCUCCUUAGCUCUCAGGAUUACCAGAUUUUUUUCUGCAAAUGCUAAAUUUGAAUACAAUUGAUAGCAAAAUUAAAAGUAUCCCUUCAAAUUACAGCAAAUAUGAAAAAUGUAGACACUGCAGAGUUUCUAAAAGCCAAGCCUUCUAGAAAUAUGAAUGCUUUUGAAAACAGAAUGUAAAAUGGCAUCUUGCUGACCUUACGAACUAGGUAUGAUUACAGCCUUCACUACACAUACAACUUGAGUUCCCGAGACAUAAAAGAACGGGUAUCUACAGACAAAGCAUACUUCACUUUCUCCAUCAUCACACGAUAAGUGGACCAUGAGGAGAGCAACCAUAACGUGGUCUACCUAGCACUACACACAGGGAGCAUUAAUUAAAAUUCAGAUGCUACAGAAUGACACAAAACCUUAAUCUCUCAUUACUCAUAGCUAGAAACAGUCAUUUCUAGAAAGGCUUAGAGGCACUAUCAUUCAGUUCAGUAGGCUAUAUCCAUACUGAAAUCAAGAUCAUGGAAUGGUUUCUGUUUCUAAAAUUAGGUAAGCUCAGCAUAAAUCUCUUAGCUAACAAUUUGUCAUAAUCAGUGACUCUUCAGAGAAGGUCUACAGAUUAAUAAAAUAUGUUCUGUUGAAUUGCUGAACUUGUACUCGAAAAAAAUAGAAGUACACUUUGCCUGUAGGGUAUCUCAAAGAGUAGAUACCCACUCUUUUAUGUCCUAGGAACUCAAGUUGGAAGAAAAAUCAACUUCACCAAAAUCUUUUAUUUUUCCAUGAAAUAGUGAGUUCAACUGAUGACAAUCCCUUAAAUUAGAAAACUGCUCCACAGAUUAAUCAAUCAAAAAUAAAUCCUCCCCAAUACACUUUACCAAGCUGAUUUUUCUGACUCACAUCCUAAAAUUAUGUUAUAUAAUCCCUUUUGAACUAUUCCCAGGCUUAGAGAAAUUUUAAUCUUGUUUGGAGUCUGCCUUGUCUCCAAAACGUCAAACUGGUGGGCAGAAUAGUUAUCCUCUUUGAAGCUCAGUUUAUCAAUUGCCAAAUAACUUUGACAAGUAUAAAUUAUUAUUAAAUAUGACUUGAGAAUAAUAUAAAAGGACAUAAAGUUUUACAUUGCCAAGAGUACCUAGUACUUUCCAAAAGUAUAACUAUCUUAAAACAUUAUUCCUGAUUAGAGAUGUGAAACAAUAUGGUGAAUAUGGAAGAAUUCUCGGGAAUAUCUUAAUGUUGCAAGAAGUUUGCUGGUAAACCACACACACACACACACACACACACACACACACGCACGCAAUUCAUGAUCAAGUGCAUCCCUAUCAAAGCUAUAGUCUUCUCAGAGGAGUUUGCACCCAUUAAAAAAAAACAACACUAAAAUAUUACCAUAAUAUAUCAUUCCCUACCCCAAUUGAGACUUGGAAAUAUUACAUGUUACCAGAAAUUUCCAAAACAUGUAUUUUAU